AUGAAGAAAUCAAGACUAGAAAAGGAUCCAGAAGAGGAAAUGGAAGAAGAGCCCGAGGAAGAUUCUAAAGAAGAUAUGGAUGAGGACAUUAUGGCCGUAGAGAUAAUGAAGACCGAUUCAGAAUCAUCCACCACACCUCCACUUACCCCUAGUCGCUCUUUCCUUGGAUUUUCAUUCCCUUGUGCCAGAAACACUGACAGGAUUUCAGUCCCGGGCAGGAAACCCCCUACGAGGAAGCCUAACAAGAGAUAUUCCUACAUCCAAAGGAGAACAGACCAACCUGCAUGGGAAAGCAAUCAAGUAAACCAGUAG